GGGGCCGCGCGGGCCGGGCCGGGUCGGGCUGGAGCAGCGGCGGCGGCCGCCGCGGGAGCCAAGCCUGCAGCGAGGGACCGGCUGAGGCGCGCGGGAGGGAAGGAGGCGAGGGCUCCGCGGUGCUGCCGCCGCCGCUGCCGCUUGCCGGGAAGAGAUGGCGGCGGAGCCGGGAGCCUGGCGACUCCUCAGCACUUCCUUCUGGCUCUGCUGCCUGCUGCUGCUCGGGCGCCGGGCGCCAGGCGUCGCGGCCGCCAGGAGCGGCUCCCCGCCGCAGUCCUCAGGAUCCAGCAUUCGGACAUUCACUCCAUUUUAUUUUUUGGUGGAACCAGUGGAUACGCUCUCAGUUAGAGGCUCUUCUGUUAUACUAAACUGUUCAGCAUAUUCUGAGCCAUCUCCAAAAAUUGAAUGGAAAAAAGAUGGCACUCUUUUAAACCUAGUGUCAGAUGAUCGACGCCAGCUUCUCCCAGAUGGGUCUUUGUUUAUCAGCAGUGUGGUGCAUUCCAAGCACAAUAAACCUGAUGAAGGUUAUUAUCAGUGUGUAGCCACUGUUGAGAGUCUUGGAACUAUUGUCAGCAGAACAGCCAAGCUCACAGUAGCAGGUCUUCCAAGAUUUGCCAGCCAACCAGAGCCUUCUUCAGUUUACGUUGGGAACAGUGCGGUUCUGAAUUGUGAAGUUAAUGCAGAUUUGGUCCCAUUUGUGAGGUGGGAACAGAACAAACAGCCUCUUCUUCUGGAUGAUAGAGUUAUCAAACUUCCAAGCGGAACACUAGUUAUCAGCAAUGCAACUGAAGGAGAUGGGGGACUCUAUCGAUGCAUGGUUGAAAGUGGUGGGCCACCAAAGUAUAGUGAGGAAGCUGAAUUAAAAGUUCUUCCAGAUCCUGGUGCCACAUCAAACUUGGUAUUUUUGAAACAACCCUCUUCCUUAAUCAGAGUCCUUGGUCAGAGUGCAGUGUUGCCAUGUGUUGCUUCAGGACUUCCUACUCCAGCCAUUAGAUGGAUGAAAAAUGAGGAGACAGUUGACACAGAAAGCUCUGGAAGGUUGGUAUUGCUGGCAGGUGGUAGUCUGGAGAUCAAUGAUGUCACCGAGGAUGAUGCUGGGACUUAUUUUUGUAUAGCUGAUAAUGGAAAUGAGACCAUUGAAGCUCAAGCAGAGCUUACAGUACAAGCCCAACCUGAAUUCCUGAAGCAGCCUACUAAUAUAUAUGCUCAUGAAUCUAUGGAUAUUGUGUUUGAAUGUGAAGUCACUGGAAAGCCAACUCCAACUGUGAAGUGGGUCAAGAAUGGGGACAUGGUUAUCCCAAGUGACUACUUUAAGAUUGUAAAGGAACAUAAUCUUCAAGUUUUGGGUCUGGUGAAAUCAGAUGAAGGGUUCUAUCAAUGCAUUGCUGAAAAUGAUGUUGGAAAUGCACAAGCUGGAGCCCAGCUGAUAAUCCUUGAACAUGAUGUUGCCAUCCCAACAUUACCUCCCACUUCACUGACCAGUGCCACUACUGACCAUCUAGCACCAGCCACAGCUGGACCACUGCCUUCAGCCCCACGGGAUGUCGUGGCCUCCCUGGUCUCUACCCGCUUCAUCAAAUUGACAUGGCGAACACCUGCAUCAGAUCCUCACGGGGACAACCUUACCUACUCUGUCUUCUACACCAAGGAGGGGAUGGCUAGGGAACGUGUUGAGAAUACCAGUCGCCCAGGAGAAAUGCAGGUGACCAUUCAAAACCUAAUGCCAGCAACAGUGUACAUCUUUAGAGUUAUGGCUCAAAAUAAGCAUGGCUCUGGAGAGAGUUCCGCUCCACUGCGGGUAGAAACACAGCCUGAGGUUCAGCUUCCUGGCCCAGCACCUAACAUCCGAGCCUAUGCAACUUCACCUACUUCUAUCACUGUCACCUGGGAAACACCCUUGUCUGGAAAUGGGGAAAUUCAGAAUUACAAACUCUACUACAUGGAAAAGGGGACUGAUAAAGAACAGGAUGUUGAUGUUUCGAGUCACUCCCACACCAUUAACGGAUUGAAAAAAUACACAGAGUAUAGUUUCCGAGUGGUGGCCUACAAUAAACAUGGUCCUGGAGUCUCCACACAGGAUGUUGCUGUUCGAACUUUUUCAGAUGUUCCCAGUGCUGCUCCUCAGAAUCUGUCUUUAGAAGUAAGAAAUUCAAAGAGUAUUGUGAUUCACUGGCAGCCACCUCCUCCAGCCGCACAAAAUGGACAGAUUACUGGCUACAAGGUUCGCUACCGAAAGGCUUCCCGGAAGAGUGAUGUCACUGAGACCUUAGUGUCUGGGACGCAGCUGUCACAGCUGAUCGAAGGUCUUGAUCGGGGAACUGAAUAUAAUUUCCGAGUGGCUUCUCUAACAGUCAAUGGUACAGGUCCAGCUACUGACUGGCUGUCAGCUGAAACUUUUGAAAGUGACUUAGAUGAAACUCGUGUUCCAGAAGUGCCUAGUUCUCUUCACGUCCGCCCACUGGUCACUAGCAUCGUAGUAAGCUGGACGCCUCCAGAGAAUCAAAACAUUGUGGUCAGAGGUUAUGCCAUUGGUUAUGGCAUUGGCAGCCCUCAUGCCCAGACCAUAAAAGUAGACUAUAAACAACGCUAUUACACCAUCGAAAAUCUGGAUCCCAGCUCUCACUAUGUGAUUACCCUGAAAGCAUUUAACAAUGUAGGUGAAGGUAUCCCCUUGUACGAGAGUGCUGUGACCAGACCCCACACAGACACUUCUGAAGUUGAUUUGUUUGUUAUUAAUGCUCCAUACACUCCAGUGCCAGAUCCCACUCCCAUGAUGCCACCAGUGGGAGUUCAGGCUUCCAUUCUGAGCCAUGACACCAUAAGGAUCACCUGGGCGGACAACUCCCUGCCCAAACACCAGAAGAUUACAGACUCCCGAUACUACACAGUCCGAUGGAAAACCAACAUCCCAGCAAACACCAAGUACAAGAAUGCUAAUGCAACGACUUUGAGUUAUUUGGUGACUGGUUUAAAACCAAAUACACUCUAUGAAUUCUCUGUGAUGGUGACCAAAGGUCGAAGAUCAAGCACAUGGAGCAUGACAGCCCACGGAACUACUUUUGAAUUAGUUCCUACUUCUCCGCCCAAGGAUGUGACAGUUGUGAGUAAAGAGGGGAAACCGAGGACCAUAAUUGUAAAUUGGCAGCCUCCCUCUGAAGCCAAUGGCAAGAUUACAGGUUACAUCAUAUAUUACAGCACGGAUGUGAAUGCAGAGAUACACGACUGGGUUAUCGAGCCUGUUGUGGGAAACAGGCUGACUCACCAGAUCCAGGAAUUAACACUUGACACACCAUACUACUUCAAAAUCCAAGCCCGGAACUCAAAGGGCAUGGGGCCCAUGUCUGAAGCUGUCCAGUUCAGAACACCCAAAGCCUCGGGGUCUGCAGGGAAAGGAAGCCGACUGCCAGACCUGGGAUCCGACUACAAACCUCCAAUGAGCGGCAGUAACAGCCCUCAUGGAAGCCCCACCUCUCCUCUGGACAGUAACAUGCUGCUGGUCAUCAUCGUUUCCGUCGGCGUCAUCACUAUCGUGGUGGUCGUGAUCAUCGCUGUUUUCUGCACCCGGCGGACUACCUCUCACCAGAAAAAGAAACGAGCUGCUUGCAAAUCAGUGAAUGGCUCCCACAAGUAUAAAGGGAACUCCAAAGAUGUCAAACCCCCAGACCUCUGGAUUCAUCACGAGAGACUGGAGCUCAAACCCAUUGAUAAGUCUCCAGACCCAAACCCCAUCAUGACUGAUACACCAAUUCCUCGUAAUUCUCAAGAUAUCACACCAGUUGACAAUUCCAUGGACAGCAACAUCCAUCAAAGGCGGAAUUCAUAUAGAGGGCAUGAAUCAGAGGACAGCAUGUCUACACUGGCAGGAAGGCGGGGAAUGAGACCAAAAAUGAUGAUGCCCUUUGACUCCCAGCCACCCCAGCGGUCCCUGGCUGGUUGUGCCACCUGCUUGCUUGAACGUGCUGUGAUUAGUGCCCAUCCCAUCCAUUCCCUCGAUAACCCUCACCAUCAUUUCCACUCCAGCAGCCUCGCUUCUCCAGCUCGCAGUCAUCUCUACCACCCGGGCAGCCCAUGGCCCAUUGGCACAUCCAUGUCCCUUUCAGACAGGGCCAAUUCCACAGAAUCUGUUCGAAACACCCCCAGCACUGACACCAUGCCAGCCUCCUCGUCUCAAACAUGCUGUACUGAUCAUCAGGAUCCUGAAGGUGCUACCAGCUCUUCUUACUUGGCCAGCUCCCAAGAGGAAGAUUCGGGCCAGAGUCUCCCUACAGCCCACGUUCGCCCUUCCCACCCACUGAAGAGCUUUGCUGUGCCGGCAAUCCCACCCACUGGGCCUCCCACCUAUGACCCAGCGUUGCCAAGCACACCGUUACUCUCCCAGCAAGCUCUGAACCAUCACAUCCACGCCGUGAAGACAGCCUCCAUCGGGACUUUAGGAAGGAGCCGGCCUCCUAUGCCAGUGGUGGUUCCCAGUGCCCCUGAAGUGCAGGAGACCACAAGGAUGCUGGAGGACUCCGAGAGUAGCUAUGAACCAGAUGAGCUGACCAAAGAGAUGGCCCACCUGGAAGGACUGAUGAAGGACCUAAACGCCAUCACGACAGCAUGACCACCUUGACCGGGACGUGACUCCCGGCCUGAGUCCAGAAGUCUUGGGACUUAGCCUUGAAAUCAAGGAGUUGUACAGAGCACCAGAGGACAGCACUUGAGAACACAGAGUCAGCAGGCCACCCGGCCAGUGCCCCGGCAUGGGGCUGGCUCCAGGCCUGGCCACCUGCCUUCUCCCAGUCAGCCUGGAAGACGCCCAUGUUGAGGCAGCUUCCCUUUGCCUGCCGAUACCCUGCAGGACUGGGCACCAUGGGCCAGAAUGUUGUGUCCAGGGAAGAGGCAAGAAGUGCAGCCUGUGUUUCACUUGGUGGACAGGCCGUGUCUUCAUGCUGCGACAGCAUCGCCUUUAUGGAGUGUAGACAUUGGCAUUUCUGUACAAUUUUAUUUGUGUUCUAUUUUAUUUUACCUUCAAAAGAAAAACACUAUCAAAACCAAGGGAGUCCGUGGUGUUCUCCACAAGUGGUUGACAUUUGACUACUUGUUUGAAUUAUGUAUGGAAAGUCAUUGACAGUGUGGGUUCUUCCAGGGGUUGGUUUGGUAUUUUUUUUUUGUUGUUUUUGUUUUUAUUUUUGAUUCUGAGUCAUUGCAUCCUCUACCAGCUGUUAAUCCAUCACUUUGAAGGGGGGAGGAAAUACUGCAUUGCUGUUUGUAAGCUUUUUUAUUAUUUUUUUAUAAUUAUUAAAGGCCUGACUUUCUCCUCUCAUCACUGUGAGAUUACAGAUCUAUCUGAAUGAAAUGUAACAUUGAAAAGACUUGUUUGUUGGUUUCUGUGCAGUUUCAGUAUUGGGGUGGGGGCGGGAUGGGAGGGUUGGGAAUUGGAAAUGGAGGGGCUGCUGAGAUCCUGUGAAUGUUUCAGUCAUUGUACUUUCUUCCAGAAGCCUGCAGAGAACGGAAGCAUCUUCUUUAUUGUCCUGGCAUGUCCAUCUCUAUUGUCACUAAGUUGCAACUGGAGUUUCAUUUGGAUCUAGUAAAAAAAAGUUCUUCUGUGCAAUAGGUGGGUUCAAGGAUGUAGCUGCCCUGGUGUCUUGGUAAUAUCCUGAUAAUAACAUCCACGCUGAGGAGUCAGACAUCAUAUUACAGGAGUGAUGCAUUCAGGGCACAAGCCUGGCACAUUCCUAGGAAAUCAGAGAAGAGGAUGGACCCCCUGUCCUGCUGUUAACCCUCUGACUUUGGGGAAGUCAGAUGUUAAGGUGGGGAUUUUGUUCCCACACAAGACUCCUUGCUUCUGCCUAGUUCCUGUCCUCGGUCAGUCCAGCCCUCGUUUCUACGUCUCAGAGCCCCUGUGGAGACGGCGUUAGCAAGAAUGAAGCAGCACCAGUGAGGCUCGCAGUUGUUUCUGAACACUGUCCCAUAAGUUGCAGGGGACCAGGAAAGCGCUCCCCCCCACCCCCAGCAGCUCAGCUAAGCCCCUGAUUCCAACAAGGCAGCAGGAGGUCUCGGAGGGGCUCUGAGAGGCCAGCCAUACAAGAAACCUUUGGCUUUUACAGGUGGUUCUCAUGUGCUUCUUCUUUAAAAGGAAAGAAGCUGAGUUUUUUUUUUAAUAUAUAUUAAGAAUAUAUUAAGAAAAAAUACAGGACUGACCCUCAGGCAUCUUCCCUGACUCCCCAGCAAAUCCUAGAAGAGAGUGUGUAAGGCUGAGGGAUCUGUGUAAGGCAGAUGGAGACGUAGCCAAGAACUAGCAUCUCACUGGCUGGGACCAGCAGGGGGCACUCAGCCUGCAGCAGGCAGGAGCCCCGCUUGCCUUUCUGAGUUGGUCAUUUCCCCCGUUUAGGUCUCAUGGCACACUGGCUCUUCUAGGAGAUAAACUCUCUGUUUCUUAAUUAGGGGCAGUGAAAAGAGCAGUGCUGGACCUCCUGCUGCCCUGCUAGCUGGUCAUGGAGGAUAGUGCCAGGCAGGAUUCUGGAAAUCCAGUGUACUUCAGCUGAUCCUGAAAAGAGCACUCUGGACACCAGGAGCGCUAGAUUCCCCAGAAACUGUCUUACCUUUUGCCCAAAGAGACAUGCUCGGUAUUCGGGGCAUUCCCUCCCAUGAACCCUGAUACUUCUGUUACCUCAGGGCCUUGGUACCUGCAUACUGCCACAGAACUGGGGCGGGGGGAGGGACCUAUUUUUAAAUAACUGUUCAAAGUUGGGGGAUUUUUUUAAAAGUAAGAAAUAGGAAAGCUAUUCUGUAUUGCACCUUUUCACAAUUUAAUACAUUUUCUUACAUUUUCCUGUGAUUUUUGAAAUUAAACCAUUGUGUGUCUUGUCAUGUCCUAGUUGAGCUGCUGGCCAGCAGCUUCCUUCAGGAAGAUCUGGAACGAACGUGUCUGUUGCCUUGUUGCCUGCUGGAGGGGGCCUGGAGGGCUGCUGGGAACUAGUUUCUGUACACACUUGUUUGGCCUUUUCUGUAGUUGAUGCUGUAAACUCUAUGGCUUUUUGAAAAACAGUUUCAUGUUUUUAUUUAGUAUUGGAAAUCCAAUACACUUUUUUUAAUUCAAUCAAA